CAGUAAAUAAGCGCAGCCAAAAUGGCGGACGACGAAGGACGAAGGUCAGCACUACAUUUCCCAGAAUCCCCCGCGGCGAGUUUUCGCUCUGUCGCUAAUCGCAUCAUGUUGGGGAUGGAUGUGUGAGUCAGAGGCUUAAUCAGGAUAUUUACUGACCGUGUUGGAUCUGUGUGAUUUUUGGUUUCUUAUCUUUAAAAAAGCAGAGAUGAAAAUGGAUUUAUCCGCCAUUAUAGACGCGCUGGAGACGCGCGAGCAGGAAGCGGCACUGCGCGCGCUGCAGAUCUACAAUAAAGAGAAGAAUCAGUGUUUCUCAUUUCCCUCAGAGGAACAAGAGGACAGAGAGCGUCUGGGCGAGCUUCUCCUGUCCUUUCUGGAUCGUGACGUCCAGCCGUCGUGUAAGCUGGCGUGUCUGGAGACGAUCCGCAUCCUGUCGCGUGAUAAAAGCAGCCUGGCUCCGUUCUCCAGCCGCCGCGCCAUCCACACGCUCGCGCGUCACGCCGCACUAGCGCCCGGCGAGGGAUUCGGGCCACAAGUCGCCGACCUGGACGUGAUCGUGGAGGCGCUGAAGUGUCUCUGCAACGUCAUCCUGAACAGCAUCGAGGCACAGGAAGCCGCCGCCCACUUGGAGCUCAUGGUGGGCGUGGCCGAGCGUCUGAAACAGUGCCGCGAGUCUCAGUGGAGCGCGGACGUGCGCUUCUUCGACCUGCGCCUGGCGUUCCUGCUCACGGCGCUGCGUGUGGACGUGAGGGCUCAGCUGGCCCGGGAGCUCAGGGGCGCUCGGAUUCUGGCCGACGCCCUCGACGCCACGCUCGGCCUGCAGUGGACCGACGCCUACGAGGUUUCCCGCUCUGAAGCGCAGGGGCCGAACGAUCUCCCGCCGCUCGGGAGGAGCGAGACGGAGCGAGCCAUGGAGAUCCUGAAGAUCCUCUUCAACAUCACGUACGAUACGGGACGCCGCAAAGUGGACGAGGAGGAGGCGGCGACGUACAGACACCUGGGAGCAAUACUGAGACACUGUUUAAUGAGUACAGCAGAGGGCGAGGAACGCACAGACGAGUUCCACAGUCACACAGUGAACCUGUUAGGGAAUCUCCCCCUGCCGUGUUUGGACGUGUUGCUGAUGCCCAAAGUGCAGCUCGGCUCCAUCGAGUACAUGGGAGUGAACAUGGACGCCGUGAACAAACUGCUGGAGUUCAUGGAGAAGAGACUGGACAGAGGGAAUAAGCUGAAGGAGACGUUGCUGCCGUGUCUCAACCUGCUGACGGAGAGCGCUCGCAUCCACCGGGAGACACGCAAAUUCCUACGGAUGAAAGUUCUCCCCCCGCUGCGUGAUGUGAAGAAUAAGCCCGAGGUGGGGAACGCUCUGAGGAAUAAACUGGUGCGUCUGAUGACUCACAUCGACACGGACGUGAAGACCUGCGCCGCUGAGUUCCUCUUCGUGUUGUGUAAAGAGAGCGUGUCCCGCUUCAUUAAGUACACAGGUUAUGGGAACGCUGCAGGCCUGCUGGCGGCUCGAGGUCUGAUGCGGGGCGGCUGGGAGCCGGGACAUUACUCCGAGGACGAGGACAGCGACACGGAGGAGUACAGGGAGGCCAAGCCACACAUUAAUCCUGUGACGGGUCGAGUGGAAGAAGAGCAGCCGAACCCGAUGGAGGGAAUGACGGAGGAGCAGAAGGAGUACGAGGCCAUGAAGCUCGUCAGCAUGUUCGACAAACUCUCCAGAGAUCAUGUGAUUCAGCCCAUGAAGCUCGGCCCGGAUGGAAAAAUGACCAAACUGGAGCCACACGAGCUUCACUGUCUCACACAGCAGCCGUUUACUGAGCGCCAGAGGAACGAUGAAGACGAGGAGGAGGAAGAGGAGGAGAACUCUGACUGAACGCGCUCAGAGAGACUGGUCAUGUUCAGCGGUCAGGAGGAGGAAAUGACCUCAGAGUGAGAUUUUAAAUAACAACUCAGCCCGUGAUGGAGAACACACACACACACACAUUUGUCUUACUAUCUUUGUGAGGACUUUGACAUAAUGAUUAACACUGCUAAUUAACGCUACGCUACACUGAAAUCUAACACUAACCUUUCAGCUCUUUUAGUGUUUUUUCUUUUUGUAAAAGCAAAGUUUUCCUCAUGAGGACCAGCCAGAUUUCCCCACAAGGUCAAAACUCCGACAUUCUGAUCAUCAAGGGAACAUCUGGUCCUCACCAAGAUAUAAAAACACACACACACACACACACAGGUUAUUGCUGUGCUCAGUUUCAGUCUCACUAAAGACCUUCUGUAAUACAGCGUGUGUGAGUGUGUGUGAGAGAAAGAGACAUCAAUACGGAAUAAAUCUUUCUGCUUCUUUCUGUUCCGUUUAUUUAAUUAUUUAUUUUGUUUUCUUCAUGCUGAUGUUUUAAAGCUUGGACCUGAAACCAGCAGCGUGAAGCUUCAGCGCGACUCGUGUGUAUGAUUAUUAUUUCAAAGGAACAUUUCUGCAUUUUUUUCUGGAUAAUUCGUUACAUAAAGUCGAACUGAAACCGCUGAUUGGUGUAACAGUGGCGUGAGAGCUGAACGCACUCGUGUGUUUAUAUUUACUGAAUGUUUUUUUGAUGUUCUGUGAUGAUAUGAUGUUUUAUGACGGCUUGUUGUCAGUCAGAUGAAUAAACAAAGCUGGGUUUUA